CUUUCUUGUUUCUUCAUUCUUCAUCUUUAAUCUUACUCUCUUUUAUGACUCUCUUUCUCUCUCUUAGUUCACAAAUUUUGCUUUACUUCAAUCUUUACACCCUAAAAAAUUCCCCUUUUCCCUAGAAAUCCUUUGUGAUCUCCUACUUUUUCCUAAAUUCUCUGCUCUUAGUAUACGAAUCCCUAAUUUAUAUUUCUCCAAUUUUGAAAAUAAAUCAAUAAAUCCACCGCGUUGGUGAUCGAAUAUGAAAUUGUAGUUAUAACGUUGAUUCUAAUUUUGUUUUUGUGUAUUGUUUGAAUUAUUUGGUGUAGAUUGAUAGAUAGGUGUGAAUAACAGAAAUGGAUAAGUAUGAGUUGGUGAAGGACAUAGGAUCUGGAAAUUUCGGUGUUGCUCGUCUUAUGAGAAAUAAGGAAACCAAAGAACUUGUUGCCGUCAAGUAUAUCGAGCGUGGUCCGAGGAUUGAUGAAAAUGUAGCUAGAGAGAUCAUCAAUCAUAGGUCACUCCGGCAUCCCAACAUCAUUCGAUUUAAGGAGCUUGUCUUGACUCCUACACAUGUAGCUAUAGUGAUGGAAUAUGCAGCUGGUGGUGAGCUUUUUGAACGAAUCUGUAAUGCUGGAAGAUUUAGCGAGGAUGAGGCUAGAUAUUUUUUCCAGCAGCUUAUAUCAGGUGUCAGCUAUUGUCAUUCCAUGCAAAUUUGUCAUAGAGAUUUGAAGUUGGAAAACACCCUUUUGGAUGGAAGCCCUGCACCUCGGCUGAAAAUUUGUGAUUUUGGUUACUCAAAGUCGUCUCUUUUACAUUCAAGGCCGAAGUCAACUGUUGGAACUCCUGCAUACAUAGCUCCAGAGGUUCUCUCACGUAGGGAAUAUGAUGGCAAAAUGGCUGAUGUUUGGUCAUGUGGAGUUACACUUUAUGUGAUGCUGGUUGGAGCUUAUCCAUUUGAAGACCAAGACGAUCCAAAAAAUUUUAGGAAGACCAUUAAUAAAAUAAUGGCCGUUCAGUACAAGAUACCAGAUUAUGUUCAUGUAUCGCAAGAAUGUAGACAGCUCAUUGCUCGUAUAUUUGUUGCAAAUCCUUCCAGGAGAAUAUCUAUCAAAGAGAUCAAGCUCCACCCCUGGUUUCUAAAGAACUUGCCAAGGGAACUGACAGAAGCACACCAAGCUGCAUACUAUCGGAGGGAAAACCCAACUUUCUCUCUCCAAAGUGUAGAGGAAAUUAUGAAGAUCGUGGAAGAAGCCAAGACGCCACCUCCAGUCUCACGUUCUGUUGGAUCCUUUGGCUGGGGUGUGCAGGAGGAUAGUGAUGAAAAGGAAGAAGUUCCCGACGAAGAAGACGAAGUGGAAGAAGAGGAAGACGAAGUAGAAGAAGAGGAAGACGAUGUGUAUGACAAGACCGUGAAGGAGGUGCAAGCAUGGAAAAUCUAAUGUUCCUAUAAAGGAGCAAUUAUACCCAAGAUAUCAACAUGCUUCGAGAAUUGGUAUCAGUUUGAAAGAGGUAAUAGUUUAUUCAGCUUUGUUUGAUCAAGUUCAGAAAAGUUUAUCGUCUCGUUCAAGUCUAGUCCUAUUUUGAUCUCUCGAAAAAUGAUGGUUUGUAAAUAACGUCGUGCAAUUUGGUUAGAGUUUUCGUGUUCAAAUGUAGAGCAGGGUAAAGUUUACUCCUGCUCUUUGUAAAAUUAGCUGCUUGCUUUGUUUGUUAAGGCCCGUUAUAUGGUCUGUAAGCUAGUCAUGAGGGUGUGAUUCAAGCAAGUUUGAUAUAUAAAGAGGUCGUAGUUUGUAAACGACUUGGUCCUACUGGUGGAUGUGAUUCAAGCAGGUUUGAUGUAUGAAGAGGUCGUAGUUUGUAAACGCAUUGGUCCGAUGGAUGGGCCGCGUAAAGAAUGUCUAAUGUAAUUAUGUAAAUCAUCUCCAGACUUUAUGUUUUUGUUAUAUGAAAUUAUUCUUGCUUUUUCAAA